AUGUCAACUCUCAAGACAUCAUCCUCCUCCGCUAAAACAGCACUGGUUUUCAACGCCAUGGACCCUAAAACCCCCUUGAUAUCAGUCAACAUGGCGAGCAUCACCAAGCUCACCACCAACAACUACACCACAUGGACGCUUCAGGUGCGUGCUCUUCUCGAGGCCCACGAGCUUCACUGUUUUAUCGACCAAACAGAGAACACACCAUCACCCACCGUCGUCACCAACGGCGUAGAGAAACUAAAUCCUCUCUUUGCUCCAUGGAAAAGACAAGACAUAAUGCUUUACAGCGCUAUCCUUGGCACCUUGUCUCCUAACGUGCAACCGAUCGUUUCUAGUGCCACCACUACAAAGGAGAUCUGGAACAUGCUUGCGGGAACAUACGGGACACACUCUCGUAGACGCAUCAAACAGAUCAAACAAGAACUCAAGCGCUCUGUCAAAGGCACACAAACUGUGGAUGAGUACAUGAAGAGUAUCAUCAAAACGGCAGAUGAACUUGCCGUUCUAGGUUCACCGGUGGAGCAUGAAGAUCUUCUUGACAUCAUCACAGAUGGUCUUGGAGAUGACUAUCGAGCCAUCGUUGAGAUGGUUAAUGGUCGUGACAUCCCGAUAACGCUAGAUGAGCUCCACGAGAAGCUCAUGGAAAGGGAACAUACCCUCCUCACCACCGGUGUCCCCUCCUCUGCCUCGAGCUCGCCGACUCAUGUUACUGUGAGUGUGAAGGGUCAGGACGAGGAGGAACAUAGAGUGUUUAGGAUGAGAAGGAACGAUAAGAUGAGUAAAGUGAUGGAACGGUAUGAUGAUGCGAGAGGUGCGGAGUUGGGAACAUAUGUUUUCUUAUCAGAGGGAGGCUCGAUGAUUAAUAAGGAUAAAACACCUGAUGAGAUGGAGAUUAAGGACGGAGAUCAAAUUGACGCAAUGCUGCAUCAACACGGAGGGUUUGGUCCAUCUUCUAAUAACGUCUUGAGUUGA